UCCUAGCAACCACUGGUGGUUGUCCUCUUGAGCUCACAGCGUCGAGGAAAUCCUGCUGAAGUUAUUCCGAUUUAUUUAGCUGUACACUGUGGGCUGCAUUUAAAGUUUACAUUGACGUGAUAAAGACAGUUGCACAGUGCACAGAGAGCUGGCCAUUCAGCGUCAGUGUUACAGGUAAUGAACGAGAAGCUCGUUGUGAGUUGUGACAGACUUCUGUCACAGCAGCAGCUCACAUGCUGCCGCUCACAUUGCUCUAUCCCCCGGCAUGGAAAGGAAGUGCUGAUUUACAGUAAUACGGACUUGGAAAAGAAGCCUCUGGUGCUAACAGGUCACCAUGGCAACAUCACAGCAAUUACGUUUGGAAAAGGAGAUGGCCCUGGUUUCAUUUGCUCAGCUUCUACUGAUUAUGUCAUUGUCUGGGAUAUUGAUCUGUGCUUGAGGAGAACAUAUGAGGGUGAAGUUGCAGCUGGAUUAGUUAUUGGGACUUUACUGGGUGAGGUUGUCCAUCUCGCAUUUUGUUUUUCUAAUGACCGCGUGGCUGCAUGCUCAGGAACAACUAUAUAUGUUCUGAACUCAAAGAGAGAGGAAACGAUCUCUACCUUGACCGGCCACUUGGGGCCUUUAACAUCAGCAGAGUUCUGCCCGUGGAACAAAAAUGUUUUAGUCAGCGUUUCAGAAGAUCGCACUUUUAAAGUUUGGGAUUUAAAAACAGAAGCUGUUUUCUACCAGUCUUUUGUGCUUUCAGGAGCUCCGCUACUUAGUAUAUUGUUCUUGGAGACAGACAGACACCUUAUGACUGGCUCAGCUGAUGGACAGAUAUGGAGCUUUUCUCUCAGUGACGACCAAAAGUGCCAGCUGGUGAAAAAAAUGGACCUUCAGAAGAUGGAGAAAACGCAUCAAGCGCAAAAAGGGAACACAAGCCACCAAGCAGGGGUUGCUGCACAAUCAGCUGUGGGUGAUGUUGAGGUUUCAAAACGUGUCAUUCAAAUGGCUUCAUGGAGCUCAUUAAGAGACAACAGCUGGUUUUGUAUCGGAAGCACUGAUGGUCUGUAUGUGGUGGACCUGGCGACUUCAGAGCUCUUGAAAGUAUUUUAUUUCAAAGAUAACCCCAACCUGAGCAUCUCUAUGGCAGAGUCCUGGUCAAUCUCUCCAGGAUGUGAUAACUCGAUGGUUGUUUUAGUGAGCUCUUUGUUGUCUCCAUGCGUGGUUCUUCUGGAGUUGAGUCUGAAAGAUCCAGAGAAGACGGGGGGUUCUCCUGAAGGCUUUUCUGUCUUCCCUAGUUCUUCUCCAAUAGUUGAAUCUCCUCUGAAUGCUGAGUUAAAGAAGAAGGAACCCAACCAUUCUAAAAAGAAAGGAGCUGUAAAGGAACAUCCUUUGGUUUUUCACCCAAAAGUGAAGUCAUCUGGAUAUACCAGUGCCCCAAGGAGGGUCAUGUUUUCACCAAAAACCAAUUCUGAGAAGAAAGCUACCUCUAAAAAGUUUACCCAAAAUCCGGGUUUCCUCUACAGCGAUUACCCAGCAGACAGCGCAGCACCAACUAUUCCGUGUAUAGAUCUCAGUGUUACCAACAAACAGAUCUCAUGUCUCCAGUAUUCAGGUGAUGGAAAACAAAUCCUGUGUGGUCUUGGCGACAGUUCAGUGUUAUUGUACAAGGCAUCUCUUCGUGGCAGUCCCACUGUCUGCAUAGGGCACAACAAGCCAGUGAGCAGCGUGAGCUGGAGCCUCAGCAGACAGUGGUGGAUGAGUGCAUCAGAAGAUAUGUCCCUGCGAAUUUGGACUCAUUGCAGGCCAGAGCCUGCCAUUGUCAUGGGUGGCAGUAUGUUCUCCAAACCUAUUAAAGGUGCUCAGUUUUAUUAUCUUGACAAAUUUCUGCUUCUGGCCUCUGGAUCCUCUGUAUAUCUUUACCUCUAUAAUGUGGACAGCUGCCAUGAUGACAUUAAAAGAUAUCAGCAAAGGAGUGUUACCAAACAAGCAAAAUGCUUAACAACAUCAUCAACAGACAUCACUGCCUUGUCUGCUGUCAACGAUUUCCUCUCCUCUUUUUUAGACAUUGUUUUGGUGUGUGGUUCAGAUCAUUCUAUCCAAGUACUGGACAUGAACAGAGGCAUAGUUGCCUCAGUGCUUCCUCAUGCUCACAGCAGAACCAUCCACUGUAUCACACAGAACAAGGGCUCCUCAUUCAGCAAACAGGCUCCAGAUUCAUACAACCUCUUCCUCACCAGUGCGGUCACAGAUGGCGUGAAGAUUUGGGACCUACGUACGCUGAGGUGUGUACGCCGCUAUGAGAACCAUCUGAAUCGUUGCCACUCGUGCUCCUCAGUCAUCUCACCUUGCGGCCGGUUCAUUGCCUCUGGCUCUGAGGAUAAAUGCGCCUAUGUGUAUGACAUUCGCUGCAGCAGCUACCUCCAUAAACUUCAGAGACAGUCGGACACCGUCCUCAGCGUCGCUUUCAACCCUUCCACACCAGAGCUGUUAACUGGGACACUGGAUGGGAAGCUGAGUCUGUUUCAGCCCAGCGGCAGAUCUCAUUUGUCUCGUGACAACAGGGCUGCUGUGAUAACGUCCCUGACAUGAGUGCGUAAUCACAGCUGGCUCCUGCGACGACCAUGCAAGUUUGAUUAUGGCAGCUGGAACCUACAGGCGUGUGAGUUUGUGAUCUCCUCACACAAGAAAAGUGGACAGUUUUCAUUUCUGCUACUAGUUUUGAAUAAAGAGUUUAAAAACAGGUAUGAUUGUAAAACGUAUGUAUUCUCACUGUGUGUACCUCUUCUCUUUGGACAAAUGUUGGGAAUGCCACUGAAACACCAGUGUUUUGAUUGGAUGUUUUUUAUUCAUCUCACCGUGUUAGCUUGAUGCAAUACUCAAUUUUAGAUAAUUGUAGCUAAAUUUGCCAAAAACAAUGGCAGUAACUGCUAUCAACAUCUGUUAAGCAUUUUGGAUGAGAAAGCAUCACAUUAAUUAUUGUUAAGAAAAUGAAACAGAUGUAUACUAUAUCACUAGUUGCAACCACUACUUAGAGAAUCAGCACAUAGAGCCAUGACAUCAACUGGGUGCAACCACUGUGGCUGCCAGAUACACACAUGCUCCUACUGUUCAAGUAGACACACCCAUGUACAUUUUCUCUUUGUUUCUGUCCAUUUGCUCUCUUCAGCUUCAGUCACACCUUAAUUUCUCCAAAUUUGGUGAAGUAUGAAAAAUGUGUGUCCAUAUAUGGUGCCAAUCAAAAGUUUGAGGAGAUGGAUCCAAACUUUUAAACAGUUGUUUUUUUUUUUUUUUAUCCCUUUAAAAAAUUACCUCCUGCUCUGCUACGAAUGAAAAAGAAGAUAAUUGGCUAUCACAAACAUGUUUUGGGGGAUGAGAAACGUUUCCCAGCAAAAACAACUAAAAGUUCAAACUGAAAGUGCACUGUUUUUUUUUUUCUUUUCAUAAUCCACAAGUACGACUUUAAACAUGUCCCAAUUUAUGUGAUGGGGAACAAGUUCAAGAGGAGUUUUUGUUUUAAGGAACGACCCUUCGUCAUAGUCAUAUCUGCUUGGAGACUUUGCAGCAUAUUUGGAGAAAAGUCAGUUGAUGACCUAAAACAGACAUUGACUGUGAGGUCUCCUGAAAGGAACAUUUCAGUUUAUCUAUUGUGAACACACUUGUUGUAAUUAUCUGUAGAGGAGUUCUUUGUUCCUGAUACUCUGAUCCCUGAUUUGUUCUGAUAACAGGCUCCUCUUUUAUGUGAUGCCUGCCACAUGCCUCAUUUGGUAAUAAUAUUACCAAAAACACAGUAUUUGUUCUAUUGGUGGUAUCAUGAAAAUUGAUUGGCUUUUUUUUCAUGUAGAAAAACUACCACCAGUAUUGCCUUCACACUUGUAACAAAUGCAAAUGAAUGAUGAUUUGUCAUCCUUUCCUAGCUUUGCACCCAAAUAACCUCUUCAUGGGAACUUUAAACGUACUUUCUGGCUCUCACAAUAUCUUGAAGUUAAGCCUGAAACUAUUUUUCUCGUCAGCGCUCCUGUAGAAAUCAAGUCGCACCUCUUUCUGUCUUUUUGUACUUCUUGAAAAUUCUUGCUGUCUCCCACUGUGCUGCUUUUAUCACUUUUGGUAUGUUAUAAACACUCACUCAAAUCCUCUGAGGGGCUGGAGGAGAGCUUCCUUUUCUGGAUAGGAAUUCAAUUUCCAGCUUCACUCAUUCCCCAUCUAAUAUCAAAAGAUUUUGUAUUUGAUACAUUAUGUGAUGCUGAUGGAAUUGUAGAUCUGCUGAUUUGAUGUCUGCUGACGUCUCCCUCAGACUGAGGUGAAUUUUUCAAGGAUGUCUCAUCUAUCCCCUGUCAACUUUCUAAUAUUCUGGAUAUGAUUUACUCUGUUUUAGUGGACUACCUACUCCCAUUGAUACCAAGGCAGACAGCUUUUGAACAUCACUCUCGAUGUACCACCAGCUGCUGGUUAUGAAACAUGCAUGCCUUAUGAGGAUUCUUAUCUCAGUAGCUGAUACUAUAGAUUAAUAAAGGUUGAAUUGAGGCUGAUUAGGAUUUAUGAAGUGCUAUUGUUUUUCAUGCAUAACAUCUUUAGUGUAUGUUUCCAUGAGCAUGCUUUUGUGCCACGGGAAUAGGUAUGUACUGGCAAAGUUAAGUUAAGUCUGUUCUGUCAUGGUGAGCUUUAGUGUUUCUGCAGACAGCAUUACUAGACCAAAACAUAAUAAAUUGUCUUUCGA